AUCAACCGCCACGGAAGUUGGGAUUGAGGAAAGUAAGCAAAAAUGGCGACUUGGAUAACGUUACAGCCUCCGAAUUCAUGUUAUUUACGGCUGAUGCCAUCAUCAGCGCCGUCGCCUCGAAGUCACCGUUGUCUCCUUAAGCCAUUUCGAUGCGUUCCACUUCAACAACAAGAGCCUCAGCUCGAGCAGUCGCAGCAGGGAGACGAUGAAGCCGUGAUUUUGUGUGAGGACUGUAACGGGAAAGGAUGGUUGAUCUGCGAUGUCUGUAAUGGACAGAAAACAAAUGUGAAGUCUGAGAACAAUCGAAUCUAUCGACGUUGUCCAACUUGUAAAGCUGUGGGAUUUGUGUUGUGUAGAAAGUGUAAAGUGUUCAAGUGUGUCACGUUUCCUAAUUCAGAAGACGGUGAUGAACUUAUGUUCUAAGCUCUCCUUGUGGUAUCAACACUCUUCUUCUCCAACUAAGGACACCAUUUGAGUUUUCAGGUUCCUUUCUUCUUCCAAUGGUUAUAUAUAACUGUUGUUCUUACUCGCCAAGCUCGAAUAUCCGAUGUAGCCAUAUGUAUGAUAAGCACUUUGUAACAUUAAUCAGACUAGUGAUUGCAUUUGCUUCUUAACUGA